GAAAUCGACUGGAAGAAGUCGACUACUACAGCCAGGAGCGAGAUUGAGAUUUCCGGAUCAAAGGAGGAGACUACAGCAGCAACGUCCUCGAUGGCGCGCGACGUUCGCCGUCUGAAGAGCGCCACUCUCGACCGAAUGGGAAAGAUGCUGAGAAUACAUUCCAAGUCGAGCGGCGAAAAGUCCGAUGAAAUACCUGGAGCGGAGGCUAGCGAAGACGUGUCGAGGAAGCAGAAAUUCAAUUCUCUAACGAGGAUGUUGAGAUUAACAGAUAAAGAGGACAAUUCAAAACCUCUUGGACAGGAUCGAGGUCGUCCGCUAUCGCGAAUUUUACGGAGGAAAGCGCCUAUUGAAGGCGAUAAUCCAUCCGACAAAGCGGAAGACCACAUGCCGGGAAUUUUUUCUAGAAUACUAGGACAGUUUAGAGGACGGAUUUUCAAAACUGAUUCACUCAGCAAAGAUGAAGCAUCAAAAGUUGCUCAACAAUCGAAUCUCUCACAAAGGUCACCGUCUGAUCCUAUGCUGUCGGAAUUGAAUCUCGAAACAUCAAGUCCCGUUAUUCCUUACGAAGCUUGA